GAAGACGCUUCAGGCCGGCCUGUGCGGGCGGCUCGUGUGGUGGCGGCUGUUUAAAAUGGCGGCGGGUUUGAGUGAAAAGCAGCUUGUAGCUCGAGUGCUGCAAAAGUUAUUGAAUCUGAAAUGUCCAUUUCUGGAAGGAAUCAACGUGAAUGAUUUGGAUGCAGUUGUUCAGUUGUUGUGUACGCCCAGUGUUGACAGACUUCAAAUUUUAGAAUGGUUAUGCAUCAGCUGCUAUCCACCACUUGAAAGAAAAUUUGUGGAAUUGCGUUUUCAUUCCAUGCAAGACUAUGGAACAGACCUUAUCAUAAAAAAAAUGACAUGGCUUGGUCAUAGCUUGGGGGUCUGCAGUGCUGAAGACGAUGAUCUGUUUUUGGGUCAGGAAAGCCCUUCUAGACAGUUGACAAUGAUGGAUAAAAUGUUGGGUGGCCUUCAGCAAUAUAAACAAAUUACUACAGUAUCAACAGAUUUAAAAUGUAUUGGUUCUGUACAUGCAUGGAAUUCUCAGUUACUCACAGAAGUUCGAAACGACCCCCAUCUUCGAUCACCUGCAAAACUGGAUUUCAAUCUCUCUCUUGAUGCACACAGACUUCUUAGAAGAGCUGAGGCCAAUUUUGAAUCACGAGGAAAAAAGAGAUGCUCACCACCUUCUACUGAUUCAGUGGAGAAAAUGUUGGUGAAGCUGUCUGAGGAAUUAAAGGAAACAAAUGGAUGUUUGGAAGAGAUGAAGAAAACACUUGUUUUUCUGGGUCCCGCUGAGAAUAAUGAUACCACCUUUCAAACCUUGAAGCUCACGCUUUCAGACUUCCAUCAGCUGAUGACUGUGUUUUCUCUGGCAUUUGAGCAUGAAUUUGGGAUGCACUGUAAUAAAGCACCACCUGAACUUUGCAACUUUGGAUCACUCUGCAAAGCUGUCCAUAAGCUUCUGACAUCUUGUGUUGAUGAGCUUGCAGCCUUGGCAGAGAUAAGUGACACAUGCAGGAAGUUGGAGACUGUUGUGAAUGGACUUCAACAAGAUGCGAUAAACUGGGAAGGUGGUGAAGUUGCUACACUGCCGGUACAGGUUAAAGAAAUGAAGAAGAAAUACACUGAAUUUCUGGAAGUCUUUCGGAGCCAUGCAUAACUAAGUUGUAAUACUCUAUGUACAUAAUAUGUUCUAUCACUGUUGACUCCUGCAAAGCUCUUCUCACCUAUUCUUUGAAAAUAAAACCCUUUAAAAUUCU